AUGGCCGCGAAAUCGCCAAAAACGCCCAGUGGAAUUGCGUUCUCUAUCCGAGAACAAGAUGUUAUUAAGGCAAUUCUCGAGUUUUUGGAGAUCCGCGGCCUGCACAUUUCACAAGUAAGUCUUUUUGGACCUUUUUCAACAUAGAAAUGAGUAGAAAUUCGUGACUGGCCUAGUUUUCCAGGUUUGAAAAGCUAGGCGAAGCUGGAAGAUUAGCGGAGAAACGGAAAACGGAAGACAAAGAGAAAAUACGUAUUGGGAAUGCUUUUCUGUUUUUAAAAGGUGCAAAUACUAGAAACUAUAGAUUAAAUUAGAAGGACAAACCAAAACUGAAGACGAUAUGCAAACGCGCUUUUCUGGCCUCGGUCGCCAAAUUCACUUUUUGUGUGGCCAUGAAUUUUGUGAAAUUUGUGAAAAGAAAACGGAAAAACCGCUACCACAAAUGUUUUUUCGAAAUGAAAAUGCGUUUUCUUCGUAAAAGUCGAUGAAUUACGGUCGAAAAAUGUCAAAAAGUUACAAAAAAGCGUGAAACGCGACUUUCUAGCCUUUUCCUGUUUUCCACACUGUGCGCGCAUCAAGACAAGAACUUCGCGUUGCGCGGGCAGGUCAAAAACUGGACGGGUCUCGCAGCGAUGCGACAAAAAAAUGCGCGAUCAAAGGGUGUUUACGAGUGUUUUGAUGGACAGAUGAUGACUAAAACAGAUUAUCGAAACACGUGUUUGUAGUCUGGUAACAGGUAAAAUGCCGUUCAGAACAAGGUCCAAUCUGCAUUCCAGAGUUGAGCGGAAGAACUCAAUGGAAGAACACGGAAUAAUUUUUAUCUUUUUUAGAAAAUUUUUUAAUGAAAUGUGAUCAACUGACGAAAUGUAUAGCAAAGUAAACUCUGCUCAUAAAAAAUAAUUAUAAAUUUAGCUUUUCAUACAAAAAAGUUAUUCGAGUUGUUCCGUGAAAAAAGGGCUAACGGAAGGCGGAAGGACAUUUUCACGGAACAACUCGAAUAACUUGUUUGUAUGAAAAGUUAAAUUUACAAUUAUUUUUUUAUGGGCAGAGUUCACUUUGCUAUACAUUUCGUCAGUUGAUCACAUUCCAUGAAAAAAUUUUCUAAAAAAGAUAAAAAUUCUUCCGUGUUCUUCCGUUGAGUUCUUCCGCUCAACUCUGCUGCAUUCUGUCCUUCUCCGUUCAUAUUUUGGUGACCAUAAUCACCACUCUUUGAUAACUUUCUGACUAAAAGUACCACUUCAACCUAAACUAUUUCAGCUGUCCCUGGAACGAGAAGCGGGCGUGAUAAAUGGCGCGUUCUCGGACGAUCUCCUGUUCCUCCGUCAGCUGAUCCUCGACGGCCAAUGGGACAACGCUUUGGACUUUGUGGAACCGCUUCGAUCGGUCAAAGAUUUCGAUUUCGGAUCCUUCAGGUUCGAUGGCACUUUCCCUUCCACUCUUUCUCAUUCAUUCAUUGAUUUUCAGGUACAACGUCACAAAGUACAAGUUUUUCGAGUUAUUGUGUGUGAAACUCGAGCCCGGACCGUUACACGACAACGAUUUCGCGGUCGAGGAACUUGUGGAGUGCCUGAAAGACCUCGAGCACAUUUGCCCGUCGCCCGAAGACUACCGACAUUUGUGCGCCCUUCUGACACUUCCCAAAUUGUCCGACCACGACGAUUUCAAGAACUGGAACCCGAGCUCGGCCCGCGUUGAGUGCUUUUAUAAGGUGAGCAGUGAAAUCGGGCUGCAGUAGUCAACAGUGCUCUUUCAGCUAAACCAACUGUGCGGCCACCUGCUCCCGCCGACCGGAAAAGAAAAAGAGCGAUCGGAGGAGAGCAACGCGUCGAACGAUCGGCUCACGAGUCUUCUGGCGAAGGGAAGGUUCUACGAGGGAUGUGUAGACUACUGUCAGGCACAGGCGAUAGGGGACAAGCGGGGCAUUGAUGCGGGUCCGAGUCCCUCUGAUCUUCUGACGUUCCGCCCCAAACUCGGAUCCACAGACCUGUCCCUCGUCUGCUGGUUGGAAAUGGUCGGCAAGGAGCAGUUUGCGAUGCCCUUCAAGCAGAAACAACUCGAGUUGCGUGUGGAGCCGAUCAGAAAGCCGAGACUCGAGGCGCCGUGGACCGAGACGAUCAUGGCGACGCCGAUCAAACCGGGCGGUCACUUCCCGCACAACCUCGUCCCGACGUCGAAACUCAAAUUUGCCGAGAAGAUGAGCCAGUCGAUGACGAUGAGCAUGCUCCCGCCCGCCGAUCUGCUCACCUCCACGUUCCCCUCGGUUCCACGUGGCAAUCCGAUGUCGCAGUCGACCGCCGCCGGCUUCUGUUUGGGUGCAGCCAGCGAUCCGUCGGCAGACGCCAUGGCACAGAGUCUUCUGAUCGAUGAGAUGAUGGAGUCGAGUCAAUUGGCAAGGACUUCCCGCCCGGAUACUCUUCGGGGACCGCCCGUUCCACAAAUGGCUCCGAUCGUGGUGCCACAAGUGCCUCAACAGACGAUACAGCAGCAAGUGAUGAGCAUGUAAGGUUAACUGUGUAAUCAAUUACGAAGUUGUGAAGCACAAAAUUUGCAACAACAUUUCAGUGUUGACCACUUUUUCAGAUUGUCUUUAGUUUUUCAGGUAUGGCAACGCAAAUAUUGUGAUUGGCAGUUGAAAUAUAUCAACAACACUGAGGUGCCGCUCAAAACAUUCAUAUUUCAGGUCGAUGGCCCCUCAAGUGAUGGCUUCACUGGCUCCAAUGGCUCAGAGCAUGGUCAACUACGACUUCACUCCGGUCCGAAGACAACUCGACGAGAUCUCCCGCAGAUCGAUGCCCCCAUCCAGAUUGCCGACGGUUCCGGAGAUGGGCUCGCCCGGCGAAGCGCACGAGAACCACAUGACCCAAAGCCGUCUCUUUCAGCAGUUUUCGGCCGCUAAAACUAGUACGUUUAUCAUUAUUAUUAUCGUUUUCAGAAGAGGUAAGAUGAUAUGA